GCUCUCACUCCUGAAUUUGCAAAUGACUCGUUCUGCUUGUUGGUUACAUUGUAUUCGCUCCCCUCAGCAUUGAAAGAUAAACAGCAAUUAGAUAUUAGAGAUUCAGCGAAAUCAAGUCCAGUAAUAAAACUGGUGGAAACCACCGGAAUAUCGGAAUUUACAAUUCGGACUACAGAAAGGAUGUGCUAUAUUUCCAACCAGGCUUGAAACUUAAUUUGAAAUGCCCAUCGUAACCGGUAUAUUUCAAUUUUUAACAGGGUCUCAACGUGUGAUGAUGGCUGCAGUCCAGUGAAUUGGCAUUUCCUUUUCUCUGCUGUUGGGAUUUCUUGGGAGCGCGUUGAUUGAUUUGUCUGUGAAUUUUAGCACGUUGGGGGUCAUCAAAGUGGUUUUACCUUUACUAUCAGGAUCUAUGGAGUGUACAUAAACAUUCGUUGGAUUGGUGUUGGCAAGUGGGUGCAACAAUGUGGGUUACUGGGAAGGGGAUACCGAGAAGACCCUAAAGCUGCUGUAACCCUUCUCCCACUGCCUCCAGUAGUCUGAGAAGGUCAGACUUAACUGUGGCGCGCCUGGGCCGCUGGCACUAAGAUGUCCCUAAGCAGUGGCACUGCAGGCGGGAAAGGUGUGGACUCUAAUGCGGUGGACACUUAUGACAGCGGUGACGAAUGGGAUAUAGGUGUUGGCAAUCUGAUCAUUGACCUUGACGCAGACCUAGAAAAGGACAAACUUGAGAUGUCUGGCACUAAAGACGGUGGGGGCAUGGCUGCCCCUCCCAGCGCUGUAGCAGCUCUACCCGACAACAUAAAAUUUGUUAGCCCCAUACCCGCUGCUCAAGGUAAAGAGAGUAAACCCAAAUCCAAGCGAAGUAAGAACUCAAAGGAAAGUAGCAAGGCCUCGGUUACAGACGGGGCAAAGAAAGAGGCCCAGGUGCGAACCCAGGGCGAGGUCACGGGACCCGGCAUUGGCACAGGUCCCACAACAAACACCAACUCUGGAAAGGGUGCUGAGAAAAGCAGCAAAGCCUCCCGUAAUGUUCCUAGUGGAAAGAAAGACAAGGAGGUGGGCUCUGGGAAAAGUAAGAAGGAGAAAAGUGAAGUUGUGGCUACAGGAAUGGCUAAUACUGAGAAGGAGUUAGGUGCCCCAAAUCUGCCUUUGGGGGGCCCUCGUAGCGUCCCAUUUGAGGGUACGCAAAAUACAGACUUGGCUGUGGCCGAACCACUUGGGAAUAUCGCCCUGGAUUCCACAGGGAUUGUUGUACCGCCGUUAGCCAUUAAAAGUGAUCCAGAAGAGAUGGACAACAGUGAAUGCAGAAACCUGAAGAAAGUGAAAAGUGAAAAGAUGGAGUCUCUGGUCUCCACACCCAGCCCUCCACCCCUGCAUCUCCUGGCGCCGGUGGGCAACCGCAGCGAAAGCAUCGCCUCGCCCUGUGAGCAGAUCAUGGUGCGCACUCGCUCAGUGGCGUCCAACACGACGGACGUGGCCCUGGCCACUGAUCCCGAGUGCCUGGGGCCCUGCGAGCCCGGGACAAGCGUCAACCUGGAGGGUAUCGUCUGGCAGGAGACCGAGGACGGUAUGCUGGUGGUAAACGUGACCUGGAGAAACAAGACCUAUGUGGGAACCCUCCUUGACUGCACAAGGCACGACUGGGCCCCGCCAAGGUUCUGUGAGUCCCCCACCAGUGACUUGGAGAUGAGGAACGGCCGGGGCCGGGGGAAGAGGAUGAGGCCUAACGGCAACACGCCUGUCAACGAGAACAGCAACUCCUCAGACAACAAGGGCAGCGGCACCAGCAAGACGCGCGCCGCCAAUAACAGCAGCAAGAGCCGGCGGGGCAGCCAGACGUCGUCGGAGCGCCGCACACCGCCCAACAGCAACACGGAGGAUGUCAAGGCCAGCUCGUCGUCGGCCAACAAGCGCAAGAACAAGCCCGCCUCGGACAUGGAGCCAAACUCCAGCUCUGAGGACACCAAGGGCAGCAAGCGCAUGCGCACCAACUCCAACAGCGGGCCCAGAGGAGUGCCCCACCUGCCCCACAUCGUCCUCCCCAGCAUUCCCACCAUUAAGGCAGAGCCCCUUCCCCCGCCACAACUCGACCGAAACUGCCCUUCGCCGGUGCUCAUCGACUGCCCGCACCCCAACUGCAACAAGAAAUACAAGCACAUCAACGGCCUCAAGUACCACCAGGCCCGCGCCCACAACGACGAUGACAUGAAGUUGGACAUGGAUGGAGACAGUGAGUACGGAGAGGACUCCACUCUCCACCCCGAUCCGGGCAGCUGCAACGGUGCCUCCAUCUCUCAGAAGGGCUGCUUGUCCCCGGCCCGCUCAGUCACACCCAAGGGCAGGGGCUUCGAGGCCCAGACUCCAUCGCCCUCCUCUGGGAAGUUUGGCUCCAAGCAGAGUAAAAAGAAGCCCUGCGAGGCCGACCCGGAGGCAGUUGGCAUGGCCAUAGACGGCUGCGAAGACGGGCCCUGCCUAACAGAUGAGGCCAGCAAUGAUGGCAUGGACGACAAGAAAGACAGGGCCAAGAAGACGGGUAGCGGCUCCAAGGUGGACAAGCUGGCCCAGAAGGGCAUGAAGUCAGCGCGGCCCAUCGCCACUGCCAUACCACCUCAGCAGCUGUACUCCCUACAGACGGCCGGCGGCUUCCUUGCAGCCAGCCCCGGCUCCACCCCUGCCUUGGGCUCAGUGGUUCAGUCCAUUCCCAAGAGCCCGCAGCUGAAAGCCAUCCAGCCCAAGCCCUCGGCCCCGGGAGACCCCUCGUCUGUGAACCCAGCUCUGAGCGGCUCGAAGGACAAGAAGAAGAAAGACAAGAAGAAGAAAGAGGCGGGAAAGGAGGGAGACAGCCCCAAAGGGCCAGUGAAAGGGGGGAAGCCGGAAGAAGGCAAGAGCCCAUACUCUGAAUCCUCGGACCCGGGGAGCAAAGGUGAUGGACUCCUGAAUGGCUCAUCGGACCCCCACCAGAGCCGGCUGGCCAGCAUCAAGGCAGAGGCGGACAAGAUCUACAGCUUCACCGACAACGCCCCCAGUCCAUCCAUCGGUGUGGCCAGCAGGAUAGAGGCUGGAGGCAUGGCCCAACCCCUCACCCCGCUCCACGUGGUCACGCAGAACGGAGCCGACAAUUCCUCAGUGAAGACCAACAGCCCGGCCUACUCGGACAUCUCAGAUGCGGGCGAGGACGGCGAAGGUCGGGUGGAGGGCGCCAAGGGCAUCAAGUCCGAGGAGCAGGCUAUCCGAGAGGGGGCCAAGAAGGCCCUGUUCCCCGCCCAAACGCCCAGCAAGGAGUCCCCCUACUACCCCGGCUACGAGACCUACUACUCCCCGAACUACGCCAACCCCAACCCCAGCCCGGGGGUGUCGGUCACGGGGGCCACACUGCAGGAGGGGGCCCAGGUCAAGGUAAAGAAAGAGGAGCAGGAGGAGCCAGGUGAUGAGGACCGUAAGGUCAAGCAGGAGCUGCAGGAGGACCGUAAGCCUGAGAUGGGUGCCUCUGGACCGGGGCAACAGCAGCAGGCCUCAGUCAUCCAGCAGCGCUCCAACAUGUAUAUGCAGCCUCUCUACUACAACCAGUAUGCCUACGUUCCCCCGUACGCCUACCACCCGGACCAGGCCUACCACAACCACCUGAUGAACACUAACCCAGCCUACCGGCAGCAGUACGAUGAGAGGCAGCGUCAGGCAACAGCCGAGCAGCACCGCGCCGCCGAGAAGAAAUCGGACGCUGCUGGAAAGGACAGGGAUCGAGAGGGCUCCUCGGGAAAGGAGCAAAGUGAGGAAUGGAAGCAGAAGGCUUCGGUGCCCCCCACCCUCUCCAAGGCCCCCAGUCUCACAGAUUUGGGCAAAGGAGGGCCACCCCAGGGCAAGGUGUCCAAAGAUCCCUCGUCUUCCUUGGAGCAGGCCAAGUCUUCGGUCAUCAUGCCCAAGGGUGAGGAUGCCAAGGCACCGGCCCAGCAGGCCGAGGGGCUGAAGAUGAAGCUGAGCGAGGGAGGGCACCAUGGGAAGAGGGAGGAGCUCAAGGCGGGCAUAGAGUCGGGCAGGCCCUCGGCCAUGGAGCAGGGCAUGUGGUACAGACAGGAGCCUGACUCGCGGCUGUGGCCUUACGUUUACCCCAGCAAGUACCCUGAGGCCCAGAAACCACAGGACGAGGAGCGGUGGAAAGAGGAACGCGACAGGGAACGGGAAAGAGACCGAGAUCGAGCAGACCGAGAAAGGGACAGGGACCGAGACAACCGAGACAGGGAACGGGACCGAGACAGAGACCGAAAGGGCAAGGAGGGCAGGGAUGAGAGGGCUCGGUCCAAAGACGCCACCCCCAAGGAGGAGAUCAAAGAGGUGGCUGAGCCCCGGUCGUCGUUGGCGGCCUCUGAGGAGCACCGGGGGAUGGUGAAGGACCCGAGAGCCACUGCUGCCCACAUGCAGUUCUCCUCUCCUCUGGCCCAGCACCAGGGCUACAUUCCCUACAUGCACGGAGCCUACGGCUACGGCCAGGGCUAUGAACCCAGCCACCCGGGCUACCGCGGGAUGCCCUCGGUCAUGAUGCAGAACUAUCCUGGUUCCUACUUCUCCUUCUCUCCCUAUGGCAGUAAAAUGGGGCCAGGCGAAGAGGGCGGCGAGAAGGCGUCACGCGCCAGCCCCACGGUCAGCGGCAAGUCCGCCUCGGAGGCCAAGGCCCUGGACAUCCUUCACCAGCACGCCAGCCAGUACAAGAGCAAGUCGCCGACAGUCGGCGACAAGACCCCCUUGCACGAACGGGAACGGGAGCGCGCCGCCUCCGAACGAGACCGAGACAUGGACCGGCCGCGCUCCUCGCCCUCGCAGCGCAUCCUGCCUUCCCAUCACCACCUGGGCUACCCGCUUCUCUCGGGGCAGUACGACCUGUCCUAUGCCACAGGGCUCUCCUCAUCAGCCAUCGUUGCCAGUCAGCAAGCCUCCGCCCCCUCCAUGUACCCCCCUGCACGGAGGUGAGAAUGGGAGACCUGAUUGGCUGACCUCAACCUUGCCUGGAGCCAUGUGACUGGAUCACAUGAGGAAGCGUGCUGCGGCGCUCGUUUUUAGACAUCAGUUCAAUGGUGUUUGUUGUACUUUUAGUUGAUUUUGCCUGGUUGUUCCGGCUGAUCUGGUUCCUCCUCCCUCAGCUUCAUUGGUGGCCACCCCCACAGCAAGGCUUCCUGUGGCUUGGUUGAGGGCUCACCGAGCCCACCUCCUCUGGUACCGCGCGGUCAACCAACCACCCACCCAGCCAGUCCAUUGACUCCUUUGCACUGCUGAGACAUUCACAGGAAGGACUAAAAGGCCUGAAAAAAGGCCUGAUGAGACUGGCAUGUUCUGAUGGGGUGAGGCCCAUCGACGGCCAUUUUGGAACUAGAGCGUGCAAAAGGGAGAGGAGGUUGAUCAGAAACAAACUGGAUUAAGUUUGAAAUCACUACAUGGAAAUAUGGACUUAAUGGAUUGUUCACGGAUCCUGGGCCUUAGCGUAAUAGAGUUGCAGCUUAACUUGAGGAAGUGGGUUGUUUCGUCCAUCCACCAACCUACCCACUGACCCUGAGGACAUCUUGAGACAUUCAUUGCAAUGGAUCCAUUUUUUUUUUUUUCGGUUGUGUUUUUUUUGGGGGGGGUGGUUGUUGUUUGGGCCAGAGGAGGGACCUACUGGUGUCCUCAUCCCUCUCCACCACUCUGGGCUUUCUAUGCAAGCCGAAGCUGCUCAUCUCCAUACACUGACAGAAACAGCCCUCCUCUCUGUCUGUUCAGUUUCAGGGGGAGGAACUUUCAAGUUCACAAUGGGUUCUUUUUUUUUGUGAAAAGUUAUCAUCCGCCUACUUGAGUUUGUUCAGAGAGUAAACAAUAUCCGUGUUAGUUUUUUUUGUUGCUUUUUUUGUUGUUGUAUGAGGCUCUUGUGAGUUGUUCAUUCCACGUCUUGGCUUGACUACCCUGUUUCCAUCUCACUCUGACCCAGUAAGGAAACUCCCUUGGCUGUUUGCUGCUGCUUCGAACACUACUGGCCUCCCAGUGGCGUUGGCGGCGGCAGCUGUGUCGCGGUUUUCCUUUUCCAAAGGGUCAUCCAGUUUACAAAGCAGCACCAAUGCAUCCGCUACGGCUACAGCUCCCAGCUGCUCAGCGAGGGCCCCGCCUUAGAGGGAGAGGACACAUCUGUGCCAGGAGGUAUUUUGGCUCCGAGAGAGAAGAGGAACGGAGGGGGGGAGGAGAGGAGUACAGAUGCACCAUUCAGCGGCUCUCCAAGCUCUGUGACCCGGAAAGGGAAGGAGAAAGAUGCACUGAUCGGAAAGGCCGUCUGGAUUCUUCAGAUGCGGCCUCUGGUUCUAUAGAACCAUCUAUCCAAGCCAUCCAUCCUCACUGGACACUGCAGAGGCUGGAAGAGGAGAGAGGGUCCAUAGAGCCAUCCAUCCAGCUCCUACAGUACAUAUGGCAUUUGUUUUGGCUGUUGUGGGCCCCAAGUGUCAGUUUGUGGACAUGGAAGCUGUUUGGAACCCACAGGACUUUGUAUGUGAACAGUUGGCAACUGUCUGCAAGCCACAAUCUGGCUACUGCUGCUAGUCUCACCAAACUGCAUCAUGGGAUGGCCGCAGUCCUCCCUCAUCAGUGGACAUCUAAGAACACAGAGGGAGGCUCUCGCCGGGCACUCUCCAGAGCUGUCGAUGGAUGCUCAGUAGAUAUGGCAGCUGCUGCACUCGCUAUCCCUCUGAUCUAGUGUGUAGUGCGGGAGAGACAGGCAGCUCACUCCUGUAUAUUUAUUAGAGGACUUUUAGUCACGGAGUGCUGUGUUACUGGGAGUUGGCACAUGCCCCUGUACUAUAUUUGGUGAAUGAAAGCAAUUGUGAAAUGGAAUCUCUCCUGCAGGCCCACAUCCCCUCCCAUCAUAUCUCUCUCUCCUUUCCAACUAUCUCUGUCGUGUGUGUGUGUGUGUGUGUGUGUGUGUGUGUGUGUGUGUGUGUGUGUGUGUGUGUGUGUGUGUGUGUGUGUGUGUGUGUGUGUGUGUGUGUGUGUGUGUGUGUGUGUGUGUGUGUGUGUGUGUGUGUGUGUGUGUGGUGUGUGUGUGCCUGCAUGGUGUAAGACGGAACUGUAACGCCCAACACAUAGUCCUUCCCAGCGGAGCAAGCCGUGUGCACGGUUGCUUUGGGACACUUCCUAUCAGCUCUCUCUCUUUUUCCCACACGCACUCACUAUUGUGGUUUUCUGUAUAUAGUGUACAGAGGAAUUAUUUUAAAAAGGUUUGUUCGAUGCUAUUGAAAAAAUGUCCUACUUUUAAUUUUUUUGGGGUCUGUUAGCCUUCUCUUUUUUCCCUAACAUUCUUGAUAUAAUAUGACAAACUGUAGCUGGCGUAACAGCUUUAGAAUUGAAGUGUUGUGAUAAUUUUUUCCCCUCCCUCCCUGGACCCCACCCCUUCAGAAGCUUGUUGUCCCGCCUCGAAGCCCAUGACGCCAUUUUACUCCCUUCUUCGCGCACGUUCCCAGGCCGCCUCAAGGAAAACAAUGUCACAUUUCCACAUGUCAUUGUAACCGUCACUCCUUUGUUGGCGUUGUUUUUCGGUUCCACGAGAUGCUGCUCGUGAAUGCAGUUUGUUGGCUGGGAGUUGGUACAUGAUGACUUUCUGCCGUGCUAGACAAAGUAGAGGACGGGAGCGAGACGGGCUGAGAGCAGAGCAGCUGUCUAGAGGGUUGAUAGAGAGGUAAAACACAGCAGAUUCUCCCACCCGGUCCACUCCUCUCCCGUUUAAUGGUGCCCAUCGAUCCCAACACCGCCACACAGCACCCGCCCCGCCCGCUAAAAACAGUCAAUCUGAUUCGCUCUGAUGCUUUUAUUACCCUUCAUGGAUCCGGCUUGCUCGGGAGCGCAGCACGGAAAGUCUGAAAUAAUCAAUUAGAUUUGUGGUUUUUGUAUUGUUGUGUGAUUUAGGGCCGGGUCAAAAUUUACGUUGGGGUGGGGUCGGAUUUUAGAGGAGGGUUGUGUGUUUUUUUUACUGGGUACAGGGGAGGGUAGUUUACAUUCACCAUUUAGCAGCUUUUACUAUAUCAUUUCUUCCAUCCUAGCCAAAUGUCCUCAUCUGCUUGCAUGUCAAGGUUUUUCGGUACUUCUUUUAUGCACUACGCUUUUCCAUGUGCUAACUUCUUACUGUACCACAGGUCAGUAUGGUCUAACAGUAUAUCCUUCCCUCUAUUCACCAUAGUGACAAUAAUGGUAGGUGGAUCGUUUGUCCAGAUCUGGUUAACUAGCAAUCAUAGCACACAUAAAAAUUAUUCAAAGCUGCACCAAUUCUCUAUAUAAAUCCACAAGAACAUAGAGGAAUAGCUGAUAGGCAGCAGAGAGGCCAGGUGUCUCAUUGCACAUGAAACAGUCAAGACAUGAAGCUCCCGUAUAGAUCUUGUUUAGGGACAAUAAAAAAUGAUCCUACCCUAGACUAGCCUACAACGCCACAAUGCAUUGAAUAAUUGCAUUAAUGUUUUCAAGCGACCACAACAUUCUAGUCUGUAAACUGUAGUGAAAAUGGCAUUUCGAUAACGCCGCAAAAGCCCUGUUUAUAUGAAGGUUUUCAUUCCAUUUGGACCAGUUGUGGGUCUAGAAAAGCACAGUAGCAGGACAGUCCAGCUGUACUUUCUCCUUCUGGUACCGAAUGCGCUGUCUGUUGCGGAUCAUCAUUCUCCCAAGUGGUUCUAUAAUAAUAUAGCCACAUGGGCCUAUGCUCCCAGCAGGCCCAGUGAUUCAGGAAAGAUUCACCUGCGUUCUGCCUCCUCUCUGAUCCGAACGGCUAUUCUUCGCGCAACUAGAACCAUAGCGCUUCAAUAUAGCCUAAAUGUUUGUCAUUUAACUUUUUAAAUGUAUUACCUUUUAUGUGUGGCAUAAACACAACCAGUCACAAUGUUUCAAUCUGAUUAGGCUACUUCAAAAGUCUCCCGUAGAAUACCUGCACACAUUCGUCCACUCCACUCUAAUAUAAUUCCGCCAUCCGAACUGUGCACUGGCUAUUUUUAUUUCAUUUAACCUUUUAUUUAACUAGGCAAGUCAGUUAAGAACAAAUUCUUAUUUACAAUGCCGGCCAAUUGUGCGCCGCCCUAUUGGACUCUCAAUCACUGUUGGUUGUGAUACACCCUGGAAUCGAACCAGGGUCUGUAGUGACGCCUCUAGCACUGAGAUGCAGUGCCUUAGACCGCUGCGUCACUCGGGAGCCCAUUUGAGGAAUAGAAAGAAUAGAAAGAGCCAUCUGUUACAUAACACCAAAAUGUUUAAUAACAUUCGGAGACUGUCAAGCCAAGCCUUCGAUACUGGGUACAACAUAGGGAGGGAUGCAUUUUCUGUUUGUCGAGAUUGACAUAAUCCAUUUAAUUUUGGUGUUGAAAACACAAAACAUGAUGUUGAAGGGCCCGAAAUUGGUAAUCCGUGUGCAGUUAUGCUUUGCUUAUUGGUUGUGUGGGGCAUUGGCACAGAAACCUGUUGGUGGACAAUUAGUUGCAUAUAUUUUCUAUAAAUAUAGCAUCAACAUUUUGAAAAUCUGAUUUCCCCCUAGCUGAUCAUUGUCUGCCAGACUCUGAUUGUAGUGUAAUGAGACCGGCAGGGAGAAUCUCGUCCGUGGUGGUCGGCCAACCCUGAACCUUCUGGCCCGUAGCCCUGCGUGACAUCGACUGUGCUGUAAAAGUAUGCUAAAGUGGUAGAGUCGAUAUCCCCGUUUAUAAAGACGGGUCGCUACAUUUAUUAUUAUUUGUGGUUGUAAUCUUUUAAUGGGAGGGUUAAUUCAAGGGUGUGCACAUUUUUUUUAAAGUGCAAGGUGAGUGUCGUGAAAAGUUUUUUUUACGUUGGGGGAGGGGGGGUGCAUUUUUCUCUCACCACAUGAUUGUUGAUGCUCAGCCAUGAUUGGAUACUGGCACAGAUGUCUUUUUUUUCACUGUCGAUUUUUCUGUUGUUGACAUGUGUCCAUAAUACAAUGGGGGAGGAGCUAGUGUUUUGUUUUUAAUCAGUCUGUACAGAGUGAGACGGAAGGUGGGUGAGGUCAUAUAGUGAUAAUGUCAUUUUCUGCUGUUCUACAUCUCAUUGUUAAACCAGAUACCCUGUGCUGGUGGCAGGCUGUUAAAAAAUGAUGAGGGAAAAAAGCACUUGAUUUUAUUUUUCGAGAAUCUAGUUUGCGGAUCAUUUUUUUUAGUACGUUGACACCCGCCAGCCAGAGAAAUGACUUGUUGAUCAUACGCCCACGGCAGCCAUUGUUGAGGCGUUGUCUCAAAUGGUGCUUGGGUAGUCGAUCCUUGUGUUCCUCCCGCAGGGGGAGGAGGGAAUGUUCUUGUGUAGGAUGUCCUCUUCCUGUUCUUCAUAACCCUGCCCCCUAAACCCCCCUGCCCUAUCACACUCAGCCCCGCCCCCAGAGCAGUGGCUCGGUAUCAGUCACCGGUAUCAGUCACCGGUAUCAGUCACCGGUAUCAGUCACCGGUAUCAGUCACCGGUAUCAGUCACCGGUAUCAGUCACCGGUAUCAGUCACCGGUAUCAGUCACCGGUAUCAGUCAUCGGUACUUGAAAGAAAGAUGUUUACAGCUUCUUUUUAUUGCUAUGUUUUGUUUUGGUUCAUCCCACACCUCUUCUUCUCCCCCGCUGUCCUUUCCCCAAGGGUUUCUCUCUUAUGUAAAGUGUACAUUGCCACGUUUCUCUUUUUUUUUAUACAAUACUGUAACUUGCCUUUGUACAUUUAGGCAAAAAAUAAAUCUUUUUAUGAGACAAUCA